CCAACACUCUCUCUUCUCUUGAUAACCACCCGCUAUGGAUACCCUCCUCCUCAUUCCGUCAUCCAUGGCCAAGCGACCUUGCCCCUCCCAAAACCCUAGGCCCCCAAACCACCUCAACCUCCCUGACCGCGACCACCUCCUCGAGACCUUCCUCGACUUCUCCGACUCCCCGCCCUUCGCCAUCGAUCUCUCCUUCGAGCGGAUCCUCGACUCCCGCGACUCCGACGCCGAUCAGACCAAGCUCAUCGAUCGCGCUCUCCAGUUGGGAUCGGUGCUCCUCGAGGCCGGUAAGCGCUCGGCGAGACGGCGAGCCUCCAAGCACAACUCCAUCGCCUGGGCUCUCCCUCCCGACCUUACCAUCAAGGUCUUUUCUAUGCUCGAUACACAAAGCCUAUGCUAUGCUGCAGCUACUUGUUCAAUGUUUAAUAAAUGUGCCAUGGAUCCUUCUUGCUAUGCCAAUAUUGACUUGACAACAGUUGUUCCAAAAGUUAACAAUGCAGUAGUUUCCACAAUGAUUCACCGGGCAGGGAAAGCUCUCCAGUCUCUUAAGCUUGGUGUAGUAGUUCCAGGCCCGACGACGUCACUUGGAUCUUGUCAGCCCUUAGUUUAUACUAUCCGGAACUCUGUAGAUGUAUCUAACUUUUCAUGGAAUGAUAAGAGAUCCAGACAGGGGAAGGAGUCAUCGAUUCUUUCCAGAUCCUGUUUGAGCCCUCUAGGUGGGGACAGUGGUGCUCCAGGGGCUCUUUUGAGAAAAUUGCACCUUUACAAUAUUGAAAGAAUGGAUAAUGCAUCACUUUGUGGUGCAUUAGCGGCCUGUCCAUCUCUCAUUGAUCUGGAAAUUGUUGGCCUUCAUGUGGAACUGAGGCAGACAUUGGUGUCAGUGAGCACAAACUGUCACUUAAUUGAGCGUUUGUUCUUUGAAUCCUCUAAAUCAGGUAGAGAUGACAGUUUGAAAUCACCAGCCUGCAUUGAGCUUGUGAAUAAUUGCCCUCAUGUAACUUCAUUAUCCCUCAGAGGUUUUAAACUGCAUGAUUAUAAAGUUCGUAUACUUAUUAAGGGAUUUAGAAAACUAAAGUAUGUUGACUUUUCAACAUCUUACUCUAUCACUGGGUCAUUUCUGAGGAACCUUGGAAGCAACACAGGUGGAAAUCUGUUGGAAGUUGUGAUUUUACGGGAUUGCAUGCAUCUGAAAGUGGCGGAAGUUUAUCGGUUGCUGAAUGCAGUUCUGUCUGGGGAUUUCAAGCUCCUUAGACAUCUUGACAUAUCUAAUAGGGAAGGCUUGGCAUCUGAGGGUGACUGGUAUUAUGAAAGAUGCUACAGCUUGAGUGUCAAUCCCUUAAAGCAGGUUUUGGAACAAAGGCCUCAUCUGUGCAUACUGGCCGAGUUUCCAUCCGAAGGAAGUUUUGCCGACAGUGAUCAAAUGUUCGACAGUGAGCCAUAUAGCGAUAUCAGUCUGCCAUCACAGAUGAGCACUCAUACGUCUGAUGGUUCAAUGUUUGUGAGUUUUUCCGAGAGUAGCUACAAUAGUGAUCAUGGUAGUGGCAACGAGGAUGCUCUGGAUGCUAGUUAUGUACUUUAUGAGGAAAGCUCAGAUGAGAAUGCUCUUAUGGGGAGGGAACAGCUAUAUGAGAUGCAGCUCAACUGCAGAGGACAUAAUUGACCCGUGAACAGUGGCCGAUUGCCAUCUCAUCAUUUAAGCUGAACCUCAAGAGUCCCAGUUUUGUAUAUGAAGUCCACUGCUGUACACACUCCUAUCCCUAUAGUUUGAUCCUUUUCAAUCCCUACGCGAUCCUUUUAAUUAUGGGAAUGCUCUCUGCUCCCUUCAGAGUCUUUGUACCAUAUAGAAGAUCCCCUAACCAAUGAUUUUACUACCAUGUGCCUGUAACAUGAUAUGCACCGUAAAUUCUGUUGGAUGAAACAUUAAUUGUUCUA